CUACCCUCUUCCUUUGCUCUGUGGUAUAAAUACUGAAGGCGAACUGCAACAGCACAGGCUUCCUCACUCACUUUCACCCUGUAACACAGCAAUGUUGUGCUGCCUCAUUACGAAUCUUUUAUCUCUGUGAAUAUUACAGACUGACAAAUGGCAGCUAUUUUCUGGAUGCUCUUGACGCUGUAUCCAUUCGUGGCUCACUCUCAAAGUGGAGACGACGGAGAAUCUACUGACAUUACCUGCUGGUCAUUGAUGAGUUUAAAGCAGAGCGAUCUAAUCUGCCACCUGAAUGAGUGUGACCUCGACAUUUGUGAGAUUGUUGCAACAAUUUGUACUGAGAAUACAGAAAAUGAAAUUUGUUUCAAAACAACUAUGGAAAAGAACAGUUUCUCGUUCUUGGACCUGAGUCCCAUAUUAAGAUAUAAAAUGCACAUCCAUGUAAAAGGAGGACAAAACCAAACGCAAUCGAUUCAGUUAAAAAAAAUAGUUAAAAUCACAACUCCUGAGAUUAAAAAUGCUACGUAUAAGCUUGAUGAAGCAGUAAUUGACAUUACCUACGAGCAUGAAUAUGUCAAAAAGCCUGAUUUCCAAGUGGAAUUCUGGGGAGAGCAUUCCACUGUUAAAGAGAAAAUAACAAUGAACUACCAGCAAAUAAGAAUAGGUGGAGAUAAGCUGCAAGACAGUGAGAUAUACAACGUACGAGUCAGAGCCCAACCUGUGGAUUUUUUCAGUGGUAGCUGGACCGAGUGGAGCGCGACGAAGAGCUUCAAAGUGAGCCACACCACAGUGCAGGGUCCUUCACUCCUGUACAUCCCCCUCUGCUUAUCUCCUUUUGGAUUGAUUGCUAUGGGUUUUCUGAUCGUGCGAUGGAAGAAAGAAAUACAGGCCUGCCUUUUCCCUGACAUUCCAGACCCAAAAGCCACACUCGCUCAAAUUCAUAGACAAAAGGAGCACUUACCAAUGAGUUUCAGCCCGGAAAUCUUCAAGGACAUCAACAUCUAUCCUGUAAUGUACACUGAGGAGAAGCAGUUUCCUCCUGAGUAUGAUGAUGAUCAAUAUAACGCCACAGAAUCCUGCAAUGGAACAUUGAAAAGUUCUCGUCGCACUUCAGUGUGUGAGCAGCAGGAUGAAGACAACCAAAGUCUGGACUCAGUAACAUUCCAAAUGAAAAUCAAGCUGUUGGAAGAACAUGAACCCGCUGAGGUUGCACAAGAUAACGCUGGCUGCCAAAGUGUAGCAGCUCUACAAAGACAUUCUAAAGAUGAGACGUAUGUCACCAUGUCGAGCCUCUAUAAAACCCAGUGAGAUGGGAUACAAAAAAAAUCACAUACGACAGGUAAAUCUCUCAUUAUUAGCUGCUUAUUUCAUCAGGCUGCUCUUAUUCUCAUGGUACACUGUUAGUUCGUAAUUAUCUACCAGAUCCCAGAAUUCAGAUUGUGUUGUUGAUUCUAUGACAGGUCUAGUAAACGUCUACAUUACAGCCGACAUCCUACAUUAAAAAAAAGGAAAAAUAGAUAUAGCGUAUAGGCAACUAUACAACAGGUUCAAACAAUCCAGUCUCAUUUUGCUGCUAAUUUCUUUUAAAUAUGUCAAACUCCUUUAUUAUUAACUAUUACUAGUAUUAACUCCGAAUGUUUAACAGUGUUGUGGGGUGAUUUCCUUUGCCGUACAUGCAAGCUUUUUUAACUACUUAUAUGAGUCAUCAAAUUAAAGCAUCAUUGUGUGGGUGGAUUGCAGAGCAAUGAAAAGUUGAUGCUGAUUCUUGUAAGAGAAACUCAUUGUAAGUAAAACCACCAGAGCCUAUUCAAAAGCUUAUCCAAGCAACCGAUACACAUAACAAUAGAGCUAAUAGAGAUGCUAUUAGCAAUGUCGAAGUACAAGUAGCUCAUUAUCUGUUUACCUGCAAAGCUCUGAUAAUGACAGUGUUUCAUUUUCUUGAGGUACAAAAAUGUUCCUAGGUCUUGUCUGGUAAAUUUGUAACAAAGACUUUUCUAACGGUUAACAAAAGACCAAACAGUUUUCAUGCGGCUUUAUUUUUAAACUAGCUGACAUGCUAACAGCAAUAAUGUAGCUUCAAUUUGGUCAGGCUACUUUUACUAUAUCGCUUGCUGUGCAGCUAAUUUGUUUAAGCUAACAGCAUACUUAAGGUAGCUUGCCCAGCAUUUUAUACUAUUAGUUCCAAUUAUAAUGAUCAUUUUUAUCUUACAAUGUGUUAAAAGCAGGGAAUGUUGAAUUAUCUCAAUAAUGUUUGAAGUGUAUGUUUAUCAACUUAUCUUUACCAUUUUAAAUGGAUGUAUUUCUGCAUGUAUUUCUCUUCAGUGUAUGUAACAAAAGUAUCAAGACUUUCAUGUAUGCACAAGAAACCACUCUGUAUUGCAUCACCUCAGAUUCCAUUUGGAUUUGCAAUUUGGACAAAACCACUGGCUUUUCGAAAAGAAGAACUGCAACUGUGUACUGAAAUGCUGAAACCAGUUAAUAACCAGGAACACAGCAUUUCACACGGUUGCUGUUAGCAUUUUCAGAGUUCACAGGUGUUCCUUCCCAGAUGUGAGCACUUGAUUGAUCAUCAGUGCUGAUGAUACAUUAAAUACAGUAAUACAGCUGCUAGUCUCACUCAGUAUUACAGUAAUUACUACUGAUGCCAGACAGUAUAUAGUAUUUAUCCCCUCUUUUGCUUGUCUAUGAUAAUUUCAGUAAAUCAGGGAAUAUAUUCAGUCACAACUGCACUGAUAGCACAGGUUUUAAUAGCAUUACUUUUUUUUUUUUUUUUUUUUUUUACAAAGUGCUAUAUUUUCUUGUGAUAUAUAAAUAUAUAUAUAAAUGACUUGCAUUUGUAUUGCAAGUUAAAACAUUUUUUUCCCUUAUAUGUUUUUCUUUUUAUUUAUCAACCUUUUAAAGUUAACUAAAGCGGUAUAUAACUGUUGUCACGGCCAUAAAAUUCCAAGGGGUUACAAGGAACUUGAAACAUAUUCACAUAUUGCUUGUAAUUUACCACACGUACAGAAAAAAGUUGAUUUGCGUUUGCUGACGCCCACAAAACAUAAACGGUGAAGUUGAAAAUGAAGAGAGAAAAAAAAGAUGACUAAACAGAAAGUACAGUGUGUGCUAAGGCAUAACCACGCAUACUCUACCACAAAAACAUCUACUUCUCAUUUAAUAGGGUGCCAUUACUUUCAAUCUAAUUAAACAGCUAAUCCUAUUUGUAUUUACUGAUAAAUUUGCUUUUCAUUGAUACCUUUCAUGUUAUUAAACUGACAGAGGUUCACCAAACGUCCACUCCAUUUGUGUGUCUAAUUGAAAUUUAUAACUCAUUGCUAUUGAUUCCAUUUGAGGCGAAGCAAUUUUAGAUAAACUUCACAAAACUCAGGCGCUCUUGUGACAUACUGAUAUUUUUUGAUGAAUACUACAUUUUCCUUCACUCACAUAUGAAUCUGUUCACAUCCAGCAUGAUAAAUAGAAGCCUGCUGUGUUCUGCCUACUGUAAAAUAGCAGGUUAUCAACUAUUUAAAUAUUUACUUGUUACUGCUUUAUAACAUCUAGUAUGACUUUUAACUGUGUUCCAUUUCUCACAUCUAUAACAGGAAAUUGUUUUAUUACCACAAAGAAUUUACACUGUAUAGUACAUUGCAAUAAUCGUUUAUACUACUGGCUUUAUUAAAGAAUUUGCACAACAAAACCAGAUUAUUAAAAGUCAUUUCAAAAAGUC